AUAUCGUCCACUCCUACGUAUGUCACACUAGCGCCAGUUAUUGAAUCCGUGUAAAUCAGCCUUAAAGACUUAUAAAUAAUUGAAGUGCCAACUUUUCAAAAUAUAAACAGAAGCAAAUCUAAAGGAAAACGUUUUUCGAAAAUUGGAAAACAUGUCAGAAUAUGAUAGGGGCAAAAUAUAUCCAAAGAAAAAGUUCUUUUCUCCAAGAGAAAAAGAAUCUCCAGGUCACACUAAGAUUGAAGGAAGGAGUUAUUCUGGUAAUAAAAAUGAAAGUCCUUUAAAAUCAACUUCAAACAUCAGUGAGCCUCCUAAAAAACAACCAACAAUACUAUUGAAAGCGAGAGAACCACAUGUAGAUGAUGUUGCAGCUUCACCAAAAAGAUAUCAAAAAGAGGAAACUUCUAAUUCUCUUCCAAAAGAUGACGUAAAUGCAACACCAAGCUUAAGAACUAUGACUAAAUCCAUGAAAUUAAUAGAUGAAGGAAUUAUAUGUACAGAAUCUUUACAAGAUUAUUUCAAUGAAAACAACGAAUUCCUUGUAGUUGGAGUUGUUGGAGCACACGGAGUAGGAAAAUCAACUGUAAUGAAUCUUCUAAGUCAUAGUAAAUUAACUGAAACAUUGAAGCAAGAAUUAUUUAAAACUGAAACCAGCUCCCAGAAUUUGGAUAGUGACAUCAAAAUUUUAACUGACCACUUGGAAAAAAUAGAUUUGCAAUCAGAGGAGAAAUUGAAGCCAGAGAUUUUUAAAAUUGAAACAGUUGAAGAUAUAGAAAGAGGUUUCAAUAGAACACAAGGAAUAGAUAUAUUUGCUACAUCCAACAGGCUCAUUCUACUAGAUUGUCAACCUGUAGCUUCUAUUUCCGUUUUGGAAGAAUUAAUCAAAAGUGAAACAAAGAGAACUAAUUUAGUGAGUGAGUUUAUACCAUUAGAAAAUAGUGGUGAGAUACAAGGAUUACAACUAACCGCCUUUCUUAUGUCUACUUGUCAUGUUUUGUUAUUGGUGCAAGACUGGUUUUUUGAUAGUAAUAUUAUUAGAUUCCUUCAUUCUGCAGAAAUGCUAAAGCCCACAAUUCCUAAUCCAGAAGAUGAAUUGACCGAUCAUUUUCCUCAUUUAAUGAUUGUACAUAAUAGAGCACAAAUGGAGGAUUUUUCUCCAACAAAAUUUAAAACAAUGCAAGAGGUAUAUCAAACUUUAUUUUCCAAGUCAAAAUUGAACUUAAAAUCUGAAAUGGGAUUAGGUACUGGUAGACUGAUUAGUUAUCUAAAUAGCGAUAACUGUGGAAAUCCAAUAAAUUUAUUUAUGAUUCCAGAAAUCGACUUGAAUUCGCAUUACAUUUACAGUGGACAUCCGCCAUUAGAGGAAUUAGUAGCAAAAUUUAGAGCUAAUAUUCUUGGAUCUACUCGUAAUCCCUUGACCCAUGUACAACUGACGGAACGAACUUGGUUACUUUAUUGCGCAAAAGUUUGGGAUACCGUCAAGAAGAGCCCUUUCUUUGUUGAAUACACUAAAUUAAUGCCAUAAGUAAUGGGAAAUGGUUUUGAUACACAAUUUACCGAAGUUAAUGAUUUCCCCAAAGUUUUAAAUAAGUUUGCAGUGGUAAAGUGUAAAUAUUUAGAUAAUGAAUCAAAUGUAAAAAUUCAAAUAUUAAAAAUACGAAUGAUCCUUUUGGUUG